GUUCAGAGAAAAUAUCAUUUUUUUUCUCGCGAGGCUUCAAACAGGCUCUCAAAUCAAGAAGUAUUUGAUGGAUGAAAACUUCACUCAAACACACGCAAUUCAACGAAUGAAAAUAGGAAAUCAUUCCUGUAAGGUGAAGAUUUCGCGUUCUUUAAUUGAGUUUCCGUCACUGUAUGAGAACACCAGCUGCUUCGACUAAAAAAAAAGUGAAGGUGUGCUUGUACUUAAAAUCAACAAACCGUGAAAACCCUGAAACAAGAAGGAAUACCCAAUCCUAUUUGUGAAGGAAAAAGCCGGCUUGAGUUACAAACGCGUGUUCGUCUUCUAAAUCGAAUAGUGAAAUGUCAACAAGUGAUAAAGAGACAGCACUGACGCCACUUAAAACUGCUGGUUUCAAACCCAGCGAGAAAGAGCGGGAGCGAUUGCGAACAGUGGCAGCAUUUUUCGUGUUUGGGGCGCUGAUUUACGCAACAUAUUCGUUGGUUAUAGCGGGCGCUCAAGAUAUUCUCGCGGGAACGUUCAUUCAGACUUCCAUGGUUUUAGUCGCGGACAUCGGACCAUAUUUCGUUGUCACAUUAAUUGCGCCAUACUUCAUGCAAAAUAUUCCUUACUUUGUUAGAAUCGCGACGGUAUUCCUGACUGGAAUCGGUGGCUUUCUCAUGCUUGCCUUUGCUAAGCAAGUUCAUUGGAAAUUAAUGGGCGUCGGGAUAGCAUCGUUUGGUUAUGGAGUCGGCGAAGUGACUUUCUUGGCGCUCACGUCUUUUUAUCACGAAGUCACAGUGAGUGCAUAUUCAGCGGGUACAGGAGCGGGAUUCAUAAUCGCACCUUUAUAUUACACAGCCAUGACAACAUGGGCUUGUGUUUCACCAAACGCCACCAUAUUAAUCAUGGCGGCCAUGCUGUUAUUGAUCUUCGUCUGUUACUACGCUAUGGACAAGAAACAUCUUGGGUCUCCCAGUUCCCCCGCGGCUAGCGAAUGCGGAGGAAUAAAGUACACACCAAUAGAGACUAAUGACGCCCAAGCUGAAGAAACGAAGUCCGAAGACAGUGAAAACAACGACUCCCUCUCUUAUCAAGAAAAGUUCAUGAUCAUUUCUCAAAUGCUUCCCAAUUUGAUACCGAUUUUUAUUGCCUGGUUUUCAGAAUACAUGAUCAUCCAAUCCGUGAUUACAACUCUGGCUUUUCCCAACGCUCCAUUCAGACCACGUGACCACUACCAGUAUUACAUUUUCGUAUUCCUGGGGGGUGAGGUUGUGGGACGGUCUUACCUCGUGGUACUCUCUUAUGUCAAAGCAGAAUGGGCCGAAAAAGCUAAAUUCCCGUAUCUAUGGGUCCUUUCGACAAUAGAAGUCAUGCACCUUCUGUUCUUCGUCUUUUCUGCCUGGUAUCGUUUUCUACCGAGUGUUUGGAUCGUACUGGUUUUGUCAUUCACCGGUGGGGUUACCAUCGGAGUUUUCUUCGUGAACGCAUUGGCAUUCUUCAGAGACAGAUUCGAUGAUCGAUAUAAGGAGUUCGCCAUGGGGUACAUCGUGGUGGCCAUGGGAGGGGGCACAUUCACAGCCUCGCUGGUGGGCCUUGUGACUGAGCCCCUGUUAAGAAGGCACUGUAUGGUACUUCUGAAGAACGAUGAUUAUUGUUUUACUCGGUCAAAAGCCAGAGAGCAUAUAAUGUCCCAAUGCCUCGUAAAACCGCCAAAGUAACUCAGGGUGCGUCAUUAAGAUUCUUCUCUCCUUAAAAGGCAUUUCAUUAAUUCUAAAUUCACAACUUAUGACCUUGAGUUUAUGAGUCGACAAAACUUGUUCUAUGGGAUAAUCAUGAUUUAAUUACCGAACCUAAAAUAUUCAAUGAUAAAUAAAUCAAGAAAAUGGGUUGGAACAAGUAAGUACA